CAUCCGGAUCUGCGCAUGUGUUGCUGAUCGGUCAUCAGGGCGCACCGUGCGAGUAAUAAAGACGAUAAACAUCAUUUUUGUCUUCUGGUUCGUGAGUUUUAAGUUUAGGGUCGACCAUGCCUGGACUUCUGCUGGGAGACGAGUUGCCAAACUUCGAGGCCGACACAACGAUUGGAAGAAUCAAGUUCCACGAUUUUCUGGGAGGCUCAUGGGGUAUCCUGUUCUCCCACCCCAGGGACUUCACUCCUGUCUGCACCACUGAGCUUGCACGUGCUGCCAAGCUUGCUGACGAGUUCAAAAAACGAGACGUGAAGAUGAUCGCCUUGUCGGUCGACAGCGUCGAGGAUCACUGCAGCUGGAGCAAGGACGUGAUGGCACUGAACGGCGAGGCGGAUAAGACUCUACCUUACCCGAUCAUUGCUGAUGACAAGAGGGAGCUGGCCGUCCUGCUUGGCAUGCUGGACCCUGACGAGAAAGACAAAGAUGGACUACCUCUCACCGCUCGCUGUGUCUUUGUAGUUGGCCCAGACAAGAAGCUGAAGCUGUCCAUCCUCUACCCCGCCACCACAGGAAGGAACUUUGAUGAGAUCCUUAGAGUAAUCGACUCUCUGCAGCUGACUGCGCAGAAGAAGGUGGCCACGCCCGUGGACUGGAAGCCUGGUGAUAAAGUCAUGGUCAUUCCCUCCCUCUCCUCUUCUGAAGCUGCCACUCUCUUCCCCAACGGGGUGACGACUAAAGAAGUGCCUUCUGGGAAACAAUACCUGCGCUACACUCACAUCUGAAAACGAAGCGUGUCAUGCUUGUCAUUUUACUUUCACUUGGAAUUCUUUAAACUCUCUCUUUUAACCAGCAAAAGAUUCACUUUCUUCCAUUUAUUAAGAUUUAAUCACUGUAUGAUGCAGUUUUCACCUGAAAUAAACAAUUCUCACGUCCUCA